CCGACAAAUUCUGUCAAAGCUUUAUAUGAUUUGGAAGCCCAGGGCAGUGACGAACUGGGAUUUAAGAAAGGCGAUAUCAUACUUGUUACGGAUCAAGUGGAUGCAAAUUGGAGGAGAGGUAAAUUAAAUGGGAAAACCGGUAUAUUUCCAGUUAAUUAUGUUAAA